UUCCAAGACAGUGAGUUCUGUUACCCAGGGUUCUCUGAGAGAACAAAACCGGAAGGCCCAGGUCAGAAGGUUCCAUCACUACGGUGGCUUCUCUGUGGCAGAUCCACACAGGAACCUCACACAGGCUGCCAAGAGCUGGGCGUGAAAGAAACAAGAUGGCAGAGUGGCCUGGCGGAGGAAAGGUGCUCAACCCAUGGAGGCUGGGAAAUGCAGAGAGAAGAGCCAGGCACAAGAAUGCACCGUACUUCCUGGCCCCGCCCCCAGUGGGCCAACACCUCUAAGAGCACGCGAGGGGAGGAGUCCCUGCUGCGGAAGGCAUUGGGAGCAAGACCUGGUUUGUUAGCGUAAUGGCAACUGCAGACAGAACCGGUGAAAAAAUGAAAAAACCUAGAGGAAGCAGACAACGUCUCCUGAAGGAGAUAAAUGAAAAGCGUGAAUCCAACUGUUUAGUGGAAAGAAGCAAUCAAGUCAGCUUACUGAGAGUUCAAAAGAGGCAUUUCAGUGGUGCCUAUCAGUCCUUUACCUACACCCAGUUAAAAGAACCCGUUCCUGACAGUGGCAGGAACUCUUGGGUCCAGCUGAGUCUUCCUGUUCACAGAGAGAGAAAGCACUUUCCACCAAAAAAUAAUGCUAUAUUUGGAUAAAGUGCAUCUCUG